AGUGCUGUCUGCACAGAAACAGGGCCGAGUCCUGAUUUCCUCCGGAGGACUCGGCAAACACGUCUCACCCGUCCGCAGGACUCGGAGCUGAAGGAGGACUCGGGCAGCUGCAGCAGUUUGUCUCUAACCGGUAAAGAUGGGUUUGAACGGACCGUGUGGGCUCGUGUUAUUGACCUGCGUCACCGUGUGGAGCCUCCGGAGCCCCGGGGUCUCUGCGGGAGCCUCGCGGGGCCCCGGGGUCUCUGCGGGAGCCUCGCGGAGACCCAACAUCCUCCUCAUCCUCACCGACGACCUGGACAUCGCGAUCGGCGGGCUGAGUCCGCUCACCAAGACGAAAAAACUCAUCGGUGAUGCGGGGAUAUCGUUCACAAACGCAUUUGUGGCCAGCCCACUGUGCUGCCCCAGCCGAGCCAGCAUCCUGACGGGGAAAUACCCCCACAACCACCACGUCAUCAACAACACGCUGGAGGGCAACUGCAGCAGCAAAGCCUGGCAGAAGAGCGAGGAGGCGCACACGUUCCCCGCGCUGCUCGGACCCCCCGGGGGGGCCCCAGCGCUGCUGCGGACCUACGCCGGAUACCAGACCUUCUUCGCCGGGAAAUACCUGAACCAGUACGGACACUCGGAGGCUGGAGGCGUGGAGCACGUUCCUCCAGGCUGGAACUACUGGGUCGGACUGGAGAAGAACUCUAAAUAUUACAAUUACACUCUGUCAGUGAACGGACAGGCUGAGACGCACGGAGCCGACUACAGCAAAGACUACCUGACGGACGUCCUGGCCAACAGGUCUCUGGACUUCCUCCAGUAUAAAUCAAACUAUCAGCCGUUCUUCAUGAUGGUUUCCAUCCCGGCGCCUCACUCGCCGUGGACCGCCGCCCCUCAGUACCAGAACAGCUUCAAUGCCACCAAAGCGCCCAGAGACCCCAACUUCAACGUCCACGGGAAGGACAAACACUGGCUGAUCCGACAGGCCAAAACUCCCAUGACAAACUCCUCCGUUCAGUUUCUGGAUGACGCUUUCAGGAAACGGUGGAGAACUCUGCUGUCAGUCGACGAUCUGGUGGAGAAAAUAGUCAAGAGGUUGGAGGUCAGAGCCGAACUGGACAACACGUACAUCUUCUUCACCUCCGACAACGGCUACCACACAGGUCAGUUCUCUCUUCCUCUGGAUAAGAGGCAGCUCUACGAGUUUGAUAUCAAAGUUCCUCUCAUGGUCAGAGGACCGAACAUCAAACCCAACCAGACCAGCCAGAUGCUGGUGGCGAACGUCGACCUCGGUCCGACCAUCCUCGACAUCGCCGGCUACAACGUCAACAAGACGCAGAUGGACGGCAUGUCCUUCCUGCCGGUGAUGGAGGGGAAGAUGAACAGCAGCAGCUGGAGGACGGACAUCCUGGUGGAGUAUGAAGGAGAAGGAAGCACCGUGUCCGACCCCGCCUGUCCUCUGCUGGGACCCGGAGUGUCGGAGUGUUUCCCCGACUGUGUGUGCGAGGACUCGUACAACAACACGUACGCGUGUGUGCGCACCGUCGCCCCCUCUGCCAACCUGCAGUACUGCGAGUUCGACGACAACGAGGUGUUUGUGGAGGUCUACAACGUGACGGCGGACCCCUACCAGCUGACCAACAUCGCAAAGACCAUCGACCAGGAGGUCCUGGAGAAGAUGAACCACCGGCUGAUGAUGCUGCAGUCCUGCUCCGGUCAGUCGUGUCGGACACCCGGCGUCUACGAUACGAGGUAUAAAUUUGACCCUCGGCAGAUGUUUACGAGCCACAGCUGGCGGCUCAGCAGACUCAGACAGAAGCUGAAGUAAGAGGGACGGAGGAAGAGGAGGGCUGUGUGUGACGUUCAGCCUCUCCUGCUGUUGCUGCCUUGUUUUCGGGCCUCCUGAGCCGGUCUCCGUGUGGACGGAUGGCGAAGGGAUCGGGUGGGGGGGUUACGUAUCACAUUUUUGGGAAUCGGUGGGUUGCCGUAGAGACCGGAGGCCUCUGCGGAUUCAGGACUGAAAGCUUCACGUCGGGCUGCUGUUUGGCGAGUUUGUCUGCAGGGACGGAUUUACACUUGCAAGCCAUUAAUUCCCGUUUUCCUGUCAGCGUUUUUGUGUCUUUGCAGUCAUUUUUUAAAAUUAAUUUAAAAAUCCUACAAACGUGAAACAUUUGACCCAGCUUUUAUAAAUUCACAUCCCUUUUUCUCUGAGAAUAUUAUAUCAACUUAAUUUUUUUUUUGGCACAAAUGGGACUCUAGAAAUCACAACACUUAACAUUUAACAAAAAGGGAUUACGAAAUGAUCCAACAAUUUUUGUGGCUGAAAAAAGUUGAAAAUUAGUUUGGAAAUAAUCUAAGAAUUGUUAUUGGCAUCAAUAAAAAGCCUCCGUCUGAAGUCAAAUUUACAAUCUGAUUUAAAGGCUCAUUACUGACAUUUAUUGUCCCCUUCACAUCAAACAUGUUAAUACUUCAGUGAUUUAUCUCGACUGUGAGCAGUUUUAAAGCACCUUUUUCAUUUCCAGAUUUCAAAUCAAUCAGCACUUUUUUUGAUCUUUUUUGUUUCUUAUUUGGAAUUUAUUUCAUCGCUCGUUGUACAUUUCAUCCUGCGUUUAUUGAAGUCCCGACUGUCACUUUAAACGGAUAGAAAAACGUUCAUUUCUGUGUCGGGGAGGAUCAUUUACAACAAUAGUCCGUCGUAGAGAUUAACCUCCUGAUGGAAAGGACGAAGCAGUGAUUUUAGAAAAGUAGAAGGUAUAUCUGUCGAAAAAAACAAAAACUUUUUUCCACCAUAAGAGUUUGGGUUACAGUUUUAGGUCAAUAAUAUCAUUGUUUUGUUUUAUUAAUGUUACUAACAAGAACUCUGACUUUGUUUUCUGAGUUGGAUGUGAGAACGUUUAAAGGCCAAAUAAAAAAAACAAAUCUAUAUUUGAUAUCUUUUUCAA